AUGCAGUCCUUCAAAGCACCCGAACUCCUGGAUACCGGGGCCCUGUCCUCCCGUUCGCGCAGCCCCAGUGUCGUCUCCAGCGAUUCGCAGUUCUCUCGAGUCAACCUCAUGUCCCCUCCGUCCGUCACGCCGUCCGCAGCUUUCAUUUCGCCAUCUGCGGCUUCAGAUAUCAUUUCCGCUGACCAGGAAUUCAACGCUGCUGAUUUUGUCGCCGAGGAUGAGGAGACCGGUCUCGUCGCCAGUGCGCUGGUAACCCCGGCUGCGCUCUCGCUCCUGAACGGAUUCCUCGAUAACCUGCUAUUCAACAUUCUCGCCGCUUCAAAGUCGACACAGCUCGCCCGCAUUCGCCCCGCCAUGGCCGAUGUCCUGAAACCUCGACUGGCCAAGGAAGUCGUGGCCGCGGCCGAAGAAGAGUUGAACGAAUACAUGGGUGGACCGGAAGACGAGCAGAAUGAGUUCCGCGGUGGUCAGGAGCCUGCCGGCGAUUUCGAUCUGGUCCGCUCAUGGAAGCUGACCCGCCUACGAUGCAUGGUCUAUACUCGAUUGGGCGAUAUGGAGGAAGACGACGAGGACGAGUUCAUCGCUCAGGAUUGUCUUGGGGAGACCGAUGGGGCACCUCGCAGAUUUACCAGCCACGUUGACAACAUUACCCCAGCGGCCUCUAUUUUCCUUACCUCGAUAAUCGAAUACAUCGGUGAGCGUGCACUCGUCAUUGCCGGCGAGACAGCGCGGUCGCGCUUGUCAGCACAGCUGAACGAUGGCGAGGGUUUCAAUGGAUCUGGCGACGAGCGGAGGAGGAUCGACCGACUUGUAGUGGAAGAUCUAGAUAUGGAGAAGUUGGCUCUGAAUGCGACCUUGGGUCGCUUGUGGCGAACGUGGAGGCAGCGCAGACGCGGAACCACUCUUUCCCGAACACUAUCCCGCGACUCAUUCCGCCGUCGUGGUUAUUCCCUCGCAAACAGCCGAAAGAGCAGCAUUGCGACUAUUGAAGAGCCGGUGACUCCUAAGGAGCCUCUCCCUGUGGAGGCGCCCCCGACUCUCGAUCCGGCCGCCGUUCCCUUGCCAAUGAGCGAUUUCGACGUCCAAGAAAUUGAGGUCCCCGGUUACAAUGGUGAAUUGGAAGGAGAGGUGCAGACUAUGCAGGCGAUGGUUGCCCACAAGGUGCGACCACGCAGUUUAAUGGUAUUUUCAUCGCCAUCCCUUGUGCAGAAACCGUCUGGUUCAGCGAACAGCUCGCCCGUGAGCGCGUCAGCUCUUGAACCCGGCAAAUCAGCCCGUCAUGCUCGCGCGAGGUCUCUACCCAACAAUGAAUCGUCCGUUCCCAACUCUGUUGAGGAUGAGCCAGAGUCGCCAACAGACCAACCAUCUCCAACGCCGUCUGAGAAGAAGCAACUCGAGACUAUGUACGAGGAUGACGAAUCCGCAGAAUAUGUGGAUGCAGCCGAAACUGCUACCCCUGGCAUCGCUAUCACGACAGAACACGAAGAGAUCCUGCCCCUCGAACCCGCAACAGAAGGUUCCGAACAUGCGAGAAUGUCGAUCCUGCAUGAGGAGGAGGAGGAGGCGCCCAUGGCAGUCAACGAGAUGAUUGCAUCUUUGCGCGCUAGCGCCCAAGAUGAUGACUCUGUGACCGAUCAAUCCAAUAGUGCUCGCGUCUCUGUUGCAUCCUUGGGUGAUCGACCGAAUCAGAAAGAUCCAGAGGUUAUCGAGGGUGUUGGUUUGUGCGAAAAGCCGAAACUGACUUCGACGAUACAUCGGCCGAAACGCCAACCCUCUAGGGAUACCAAUUUACUGAAUGCAAGGUCGAUCUCUCCUCAAACUAGCGACUCUGAAAUGCAAGCCGUUGAGGAGAAUCAGCCUCCAAGGCAAGGGGUAGAGACCACGCCGGCUCCGUCCGCACCCCCCAUCGAGGCUGUCACAUCUUCUACUGAUCGUGAUGCGACCAAUGAUGGUCGGAAUAAUACAAUCAUGACCACCACACCUCCAACUCGGUCUUUGGAGGAAGACACUGCUGUGGAAAAUCGUCGUAAAUCCUACGCACCUUCCGAUAUCUCUCGUCCGACUUCCGUUUCAAGCGGUUCGCAAAAAUCAAAGCCCCGCCAUAGACCUGCUCCUUUGGAAGUUGUAUCCAACAACCGAAUUUCUUCCGCCUCUGCCAUUGAACGAGCUGCGGUUCAGCGUAUGCCUGGGCCGUCGGUGGCUUCACCGGUCAACAGCAAAUCUCGUCGAUCUGGGAGCUUCAGUAGUGCUCGUGACAGCAGGCGACCAGUGACCGCUGGCUCAGCAACAUCGCAGGUCUCAACCAAGUUGAAGGGCCUCAUCGCUCGACCACAGGGUGAAUCCGGUUCGCUUCGCAUGCGCAGCUCAUCUGAAACCAGUCGCGGAUCUGGCGGCAGUGGAGAUUCUACCGAGAACGAGGUUGCCGAUCUGGACAAGCUGAUCAACAGUGACGAGACCAUUCACUACACUCUUACUCCCCGCAGUGUGAGGGAGAUGACCUUCCCUGAACCGUCAAACAAAAAAGCUUCUCGAUCAGAGACGGCGGACACCUCAGAUCCUGCUGAUUCCGUCAAGACCACCGCCCCCCCAAUUGAAGAGAAGCACCGUCCUCAGGCUUCGGUUUCCUCGAAGGCAACUGGAGAGAUGACUCUAAUCUCCCGUACCAGAUCAAUCGAGUCACCCAAGCCCGUCCCGCUUACGACGCGCAUGACUAACAUAUCGUCAAGUAACGUCUCAAUGGCGUCGAGGUCUUCUAGCAGGAUUGGUCAAGCGCGCGACGCAAGAGUUGCGGCCUCAGAUUCCACGCGUGACUUUGCGGAGUUUAUGAGAUCUACUGGCCCUGCUGUGCCGUACGAGAGUAAGCCUUUUAUCCCUGCCGAGAGCACGAAGCCCGUGAGGUCCCCAUCCAGUCUCUCCACAACCACCCGGGGAAACAAGCCCAAACUUCAAGCUCGUUCUGCGGAGACGAAGGGUUCGCAAACAUCGGACCUCAUCGACUUCAUUCGCGAGGGACCUCCUAUGCCGGCUGGUGCUCACCGAAUUCCUCGGACGGUGGCACCGUUCCGCAACACCAUCGAUUCGGACGAGAUGCCGAUGGGCAACACCACCUCGAGCUCUAUUGCUAGCACCCGUACCGGAUCUACACCCAAAGAGUCAUCAACAUCUCUUGGCUCGCGGACUGCGUUGCUGGAUUCAAACAAGGCCACGGCAUCAGGAAGCGCCACGGCCUACGAGGAUCCCAAGCCUGUGCGGAAGCAACGCCGUGUUCCAGAUCCCUACGCUAUUGAUGAUGAUGACGAUGACGCGCUGUUGGAAGAGCUCUUGGAAAUGGAAGAGAAUCCCAAGCCCAAACGCGAAGAGGAGAGCCUGAUGGAUUUCCUUCGCAGUGCCCCUCCCCUCCUGCCUCUGAAGAAGCUCCCCAGCCCUUUGUUUUGA